AUGGGCCCCAGCGAGCCUGUCAGAGAAGCUGAGCACAGAUCAGUCUACACUUAUAUGACACUGGAGCUAGGUUGGAAGUUCAGAAACAACGUCACCAUAAUGGAUAAGGGCAAACAACUAAGCACAGUAACACCAUGGCUAAGACAUGUUCAGGACCUUAGUAGUCGUGUGUGGGUUCUUCAUAACGAUAUCCUCACUGUAGUUCCUAGGAAAGAACAGACGGUUCCAGUCACUGUCACCUUACUCCCAUACCAAUAUCCAGAGAUUCUUGAGAAGGACAGGGGGGAUCCCAUGUAUAUGGGACUGAGAGAGCCUCAGUGCUGCCUGGUCUGCACAAGACAAGGAGAGCAGCCGGUGCUGCACCUUAAGAAAGGAAAUGUACUGGAACUGUACCGCCAAAGGGAGCCUGUAAAACCCUCCCUCUUCUAUCACAACAAGAGUGGCACAACCUCAACAUUUGAGUCUGCAGCCUUCCCUGGUUGGUUCAUUGCUGUCUGCUCCAAAGGAAGUUGUCCACUUUUUCUGACCCAAGAACUGGGGAAAACCCACAUCACUGACUUUGAGAUGACUAUGGUGCAUUAAGACACAUUGUUCUGUGGCACUCUCUCAAGAUCUCUCAGAUCCUGACAAGAAGAAGCAACCAUAUACACCCAACAAAGUAAAAGACUGAAAAGAAAGCUGAGC